AAGGAGUUUCGAUCAGUUUUGCUAUCACUCUUAACGAGAGAGAGAGAGAGAGAGAGAGAGAAGGGUAUUCAUAGAGGGAGGGAGGAAGGCUUUGAAGGUUCUUUUGUAGCUUUAAGAGAGAGAGAGAGAGAGAGAGAGAGAGAGAGAGAGAGAGAGAGAGAGAGAGAGAGAGAGAGAGAGAGAGGCUUGGUAGGUUUGGAUACAAGUGUCAGAACUCAGUCAUGAGAAAGAGAGGAUUGAUUCUCCUGGUCCUUCUAAUGGUGGAAUACUAUCUGGUUUCUACAAUUGAAGGGGAAGGGAAAGGGGAAGGGGAAGUGCUAGAGAAGGUUGAAUCUACAAUUCCAAUCACAGCCAACUCUCCUCCAGAAGGUAACACCACAUUCAUUGAUGGCACUACAUGGUGUGUCGCGCGGCCCGGCGUCUCACAGGCUGAUCUGCAGAAUGCAUUAGACUGGGCUUGUGGUCUGGGGAUGGCUGAUUGCCAUCCAAUCCAAUCUGGUGGAUCAUGCUUUGAACCUGAUACACUCUUGUCUCAUGCCUCCUAUGCCUUCAACAACUAUUAUCAAAAGAAUGGGAAUUCUGAUAUUGCAUGCAACUUUGGAGGAACAGCUACUGUGGUCACUAGAGAUCCAAGCUAUGGAAGCUGUGCCUAUGCUACAGCAGGAUCUGAAGUUUCCUCAUCAGCUCCCUUACUGUUUAGACCAAGCUUAAGGUGGUGGGAACUAUUUCAGAUUUUGCUGCUUUUGUACAUGAGAAGAUAAUGAAAAGGUGAGGUAUUUGAAUCUGUGCAUACCUGGAUUUGAGGGUUUUGGAGGCUUUGGGCUAGACUUAAUAAGGAUAUGGGACCAAAAGAGAUAUGUAAUCUGGGUAUAAAAGUAUGAUCAAUUGUUAAGUUGCCAAGAUAUUCCUUUUGUUAUUGAGCUAGGAAUCUAAGUUACCAACUUUUUUUCUUCUGGGUUUCCAUUUUGAGUAAUCAAAUUAAUAAUAAAAUUAAUUAAUCAACUUUUUCUGCUUC